AUGCGUAUGAACACACUCCUGUCUCUGCUCACAGCAGUACCUAUAGCCCAAGUUGCUGCAAAAGACUUCUCAGGGUCAUGCUCCGGAAUGUCCUAUUUCUCCACCAGCAUUAAGGCAUUCUGCUUCACCGCUGACAAUGAGUACUCGAAUGACUCAAGCCUAGACUUGAAAAGCUGCCUCGCCAAUGUCGGAGGCCAAGUUGUCUGCCGCCCCAGCAAUCCGUCCUUCAAGUUCUGUGACUGUGGUCUUGCUGAAGCCUUCCUCUUUGAACUUGGCUGCUAA